ACUAGCUGUGCCAACAUCGACCUGCGGUCAGCAGCAGCAAGGGUGUCCGCCUCGCGACGUUCUCGAGCCUCAGGCCCACAGCCAAUCAGCAAGGACCUCCUUCCAAUCCCGGCAGCUGCAUGUCCGCAUUAGGCCAGCCGAUCAACACAUCACCAGCACAUCAACUCACGAUCGGGGGGAACAGAUGGCCGAACUGCUGAAAAUCGAAAGCAAACCCAUCCCGGCUUUCUACUGCUGCUAUCUCCUGCGCUCAAAGAACCGCAAAUCAUACUACAUUGGCAGCACACCCAACCCUGCACGCCGCCUCGGCCAACACAAUGGCACGAGCAAGGGCGGCGCAAAGCGCACCGCGAUGCAGGGAAGGCGGCCGUGGGAGAUGACGUGCAUCGUCACUGGCUUCCCGUCACACUUUGCUGCGUUACAAUUCGAAUGGGCGUGGCAAAACACGCAUAUGACCAGACACAUCGACCGGGACGUUAGGGACGCCCGUGCCGUGGAGCUGCAAAAAGGCAAGAAGGCUGCACCUGUCGCAACUAGACGGAGAAAGAGGCCGCCGAUGUCGUUGGAAGCGAGACUGAAGAACUUGCAUCAUCUGCUUGGGGUGGACAGCUUCCGGAGAUGGCCGCUGCAUCUAAGGUUCUUUGCGCCGGAUGUGUUUAAGCAGUGGGAGAGACAUACUGCGAAGAUGGCACAGAGUUUGAGGGAGAGUGUUACUAUUCAGGUUACGCCUGCUGAGAUUCCGAAGCUUGCGCCGGAGAUCUGGGCGGAAGUUGGGUCGCACUAUAUUCCUGAUAUUAUACGGAAUAUUCCAGUUGCGUAUGAAGACUGCAAGCCGUACGUUGAGAAAUCCAUGAAAGCUCUAGGAGACGGAGCAAGGCAUACUUGUGGGGUUUGCAAGAAGAGCGUUGAUAGCUCAUCCACCAUGGUCGUUGUUUGUCCUGUCGAGACAUGCAACGCAGUUUCUCAUUUGGCGUGUCUAUCGAAGAGGUUCCUUUUCGAAGACGACGAUUCGGAGGGUGCUUUGGUCCCUAUAAAAGGCUCAUGUCCGGGUUGUUGCACCAACCUCAAGUGGUCCACAUUGAUGAAGGAGCUUAGCCUGCGCACAUACGGCGAAGAAGUGAUCGCCGCCCUGUUCAAGCCAAAACGGAAGAAGAAAACGGAUACGCAGGACGUCGAAGAGGGAAUCGAUGAGGAAGACGAGGAUCUUGACGAGACGUGGAUGAAAGAUGUGGAUGAGUCGGACGCAGAGAUACCUGAAAGUCCGUCUGGAUAA